GAUGGGAUAAUGAUGGGUAAAGGUGCUGAGUGAAGUUUGGUUCUUUCCUUUUUUUGUAACAGGAAAGUUAAGUGAAGAGCAGACUGCCAGUAUGUCGGGAGGCAUAGGCGACAGUUCGGGCAAAGUCCUGACCCUGGACGAUCUCAUCGAGGCGAUGGACAAGCGGGAAAGAACGCCAAGUAAUGUCCCCAAAGUUGACACCUUUCACUUCAAAGGAGAACAAGUGUCCGACUGGUUGGACUUGGUUGAACAAGCACUAGUGGGAUUGACGGACACGGUGAAGUUCCAACGAAUCAUGAGGUAUGUACUCCAUGGGCACCAUCAGGAGGUGCAGAAGGUGGUUGACGACGCCAACGACAAUUGGGCCAAGUUCAGGGAAGGGAUGCAGAGAAAUUACAGACUGGGUGAUGGUCUGCUGACCACGGCAGAUCUAGAGGCCAUGAACAAAGAUGACUUCACCACCAUCGGAGCCUUCUUGCAGGAGUUCAAGAAAAGGGUGAGGAAAGUUCAUGGGAUAUUAGAGGAGGCGCAGUGCGCCAUCUUCCUAGGGCUGCUCACCGCGUCAGAGGCCUCCGAGCUAACGAGCCAUGGGGGAGGGAACGCGAAACUCACCUGGGCUGCCAUCGACAAAGGGGUGGAGGAUGAAAGCCUAGACCAGGUGGAGCAGCACCAGGUAAUCACCUGCCGGAACACUGGACCAAGAAGCCUCAGGAACAGGACCAACCCUGACUCCUUUACGAUCGAGGAGUCAGAAGAGGAACAUCAGAGGCUUACGGCAGAGCCCGAGGAGGAAGUAGGAGGAGAAGCGUUCUCGCUCAGCCUGUCUGACGUAAACAAGGUCAUGGACAUAGUGGUCACGCACGAAAUGGCUGAUCCAGACGCCAUUCAGGCACUGAGAGAACAGGGGUCAUGUCGUAUUAAUGAGGAGAAUGAGGGGAAACUGAUAGUGGGAGAACCGGACUUCCUACUGCCCCGGGAAAGGACAUUGAUGGUGGAAUUAAUAAAGAAGAGGCAUCGCGCCUAUGCUUUCAACGAUGAGGAGCGCAGCAGGUUGGACGUAGACAAGAUCUCAAUGAUCCGCAUCCACACCGUGCCGCACGAACCAUGGAACCUAAGAGGGACGCGAUAUCCCGAUCCUGACGAAGAGAAGAAGGUGGUGGAUUAUCUCGACGGCAAGAUUCGUAUGCACGUCGCCGACUAUUCGAGCGGACCCUACGCAUCCCCAUGGUUCUAUUUCAUCAAACCUAAUGGGACGCUGAGGUGGGUGCAGGAUUUGCAAAGGUUGAAUGUGGUGACCGUGCGGGACGCAGGAGGGUUGCCAAACGCAGAUGCGCUGUCAGAGUCGUGUGUUGGAAGGCCGAUAAUCUCACUUAUUGACCUUUACUCCGAAUAUGACCAGUUUCCGGUCUACCCGCCAGACCAGCCUGUGACCGCCAUCCAUACGCCUCGGGGACUCAUACACAUGAAUGUGGCUCCACAAAGGUGGACGAAUGCUGUGGCAAUGGUCCAGAGACACAUGAUUCGGGUCAUGCAGACAGUCAGCCCGCAUAUCACGCAGCCGUAUAUUGACGACUUGGCAAUAAAAGGACCAAGAAGAAGGGAAGACGAUGAAGUCCUGCCAGGAGUAAGGCGUUUUGUCUGGAAGCAUGUUCAGGAUCUUGACAAAGUCCUGGGCCUGCUUAAGGAGUACAACCUUACGGCUAGUGGUGCCAAGUCAAAGCACUGCAUGAGAGAAGUCACCAUCUUGGGAUUCGUCUGCAAUGAGAGUGGUCGGCGGCCGGAUGUUAAGAAAACGGAUAAGAUAGUAGGGAAUCCAAGGAGAGUCAUAUGCAGACGGAACCGCGAGAUCGACGUCAUAGUUGCGCUUCAUGAUGGCAUUGCGGGAGGACAUCGGGGGAUUGCUGCCACAUAUGCCAAGAUAAGUGAGUUGUAUUAUUGGGAUGGGAUGAUGGAGAUGGUUGUGGAGUUUCAUCGUUUUACUGGAGGGGGACUGGGGGGAUCUCCACAGCACACGCAGGAGAAGGUGCCAGCAUCUGGAGGGCCCUUGCAGGAGCUGGAGGCCCAUCUGGACGUCACCCAGUGGAGAGUACCACCGAUGAGUGAGAGGCACGUUGAACCAGUUGAAGCGGUGCCACGAGGAAAAGUUUCAAGCCCUGAACAAGAGAAAGGACCAAGUGCUGGGGAAGGCGGUGCUGAGGAUGAGGUUAUAGAGGUUGAGGAGGAUACCCCUCCUCAAACGCCAGGCGUGGGACUGAGGCUUGAGAGCCCGUCGGAGGGCGCACCCAGCAGGGGGGAGGAAUCACAGAAAGAGGGAGUCAUACCAGCACUGCCAGAGACAGUCCCGUUUCCAGAGGAAAUGGAGGAAGGUGAAACUGAGAGGUUCAGUCUGAGAAGGGAAGCAGAUACCUUGAUUGACAACCAUCUGGCCGCUCGUGCCUUGGAGCUUCCUGAUCUAGAGGAGCCCAUGCCUGUGGAGCUGCCUCAGGAGCCAUGUCAGUCCGAGAGAGAGGUGGGAGCAGAGGUCCCAGAGGAGACCGACCGCCGCACAGUGGAGAGAGUACACGCAGGGAAAACGGCUGAGGAAAAGAGGGGCAGAAUGGAGAGACGAUGGGAGGAGAUUGGCCAGGAGAGGCAGAGAUUGAAGGAGGCAGGAGCGCUCCCAGAUCCACCCCCGCCCUACAGGCUGUAUGGACUCAAGGAGAUAUGGGAAGAGUUCUUGGAGCAAUACGGCAAGAGUUUAACGGCUCAGGACAGGGCAGAAAUCGAGACCUCAAGGAAGGCAGAUGAGUACUUGGAUUGGAGGAUCCGCUCCCAAUCCAAGACCUCCUUCGACAGAUAUAUGAUGUUGGAGGAAGAUCUGAGAGGAAAGGAGUUGAGAGAAACAGGUAUUGAGGCACGAUUGGAGGCCGUCGAGGCGGAGGUCCGCGAGCUCAGGGUCAUGGUGACUAGUCAGGCCGUCAUUAUUCAGGAUUUGAGGCAGCAGUGUCGAGGCGGUGUGGAUGGGGCAAAGAGCAGCUGGGAGGGAGAGCAGAGGCAGUCAGGAAGUGGCGUACCAGAGCAGCCACCCGCGACUGAUCCUCGGCAAGAAGCACCCAUGGGGAGAGUCAUUUUGGAGCCUGAGGAGGCAAAGGCCAAGAGGGAAGCAAAGAGGGAAGCCUUCGAGUUCAGAGCUCCCACUGAGCUCGCUAUGCUGCCCACGGUAACAGUGGACCCUACCAUGCCACCUUCAGUUGAGGAGGGACUACCGGCAGCCAGCGGCGAGCCAGUCCAGGGCUCAACAGGAGGGUCUAUGGAGGCGUUGCUGGAGGCGGUACACACUAUGCAAGCGGGCACGAGCUUAUUUUCGCCAGAGCCUAGGAUAGAAGAGCCUCCUGAGAGUGAGAUGGGAGGGGCAAUGGAAGGCAUCAUCGAAGGCAGACCCCAGAGAUUGGACACUCCUGAGUAUAUGCCAGAGGAAGUUGGGACACGAUCAGGGCCUAGUCCUCGAGAGUUGGAAACUGGACCGGAGGAACCCAUGGACAGGCCUCAGAGUUAUGAGUUGGAGAGAGAUGUCGGUAAGGCUCCAUCAUCGCCAGGACCCCAGUGAAAGAAGAAGAGGCCGAGAAAGUCGUUUGACUCGACCUGUUUCUUUUGCACGAAGGGGUAGCACCGGGCUCUGCAGUGU